AUGCGCAUAACGGGCCUUGAUGACUCGGUCUCAAAAGGAGAUGUCGCUGGCGCUGUGGCAAAAGUUGGUGGUUGUCCUCCAGAGCAAGUGCUGGCGGGAGAAAUAAGGCAAGACGCGGGGGGCCUGGGUACAGUGUGGCUGCGUUGUCCAGUGGCAGCAGCCAAGAAAGUGCUUGAGGGUGGCAGGCUACUCGUCGGCUGGGUGUCAGCCCAAGUCAAGGUGCUAGACGAGCGGCCCCAGCGGUGCUACCGCUGCCUGGAAUUCGGCCACAUGAGGGCGCUUUGCACUGCCGAGAUCGACCGCAGCGACACUUGCUAUCGCUGCAGUCAGACUGGCCACAAGGCGAGGGGGUGCACUGCCGUACCGCACUGCAGCGUGUGUGCGGCAGCCGGAAGGGUGGCAAAUCACCGAGGAGGCAGCAGCGCUUGCAUAAAGCGCAGCAAGAAAAGAGGAGGACGCAUGACUGGCGAUGGCCCCCGGGUCCCCUCGCAGCCUGCCCGCCCAUCCACGAACGCGCAAGCUAGUGGGGGGGCAAAGGAGGUGCCUAUGACUGAGGGGUAG